GCUGUCUCGUUUCAACAGCCAAUAUGCAGUAUGGCUUCGACUCUGCAGCAGUCGGAGCUCUUCAGGCAAUGCCUGGCUUUCUUAAAGUGUUUGGAUAUGAGGAUCCGACCAGUCCUUUGGGAUAUGGCAUCGAUAGUACCUUUCAACGCUUGAUCACUUCCCUCCUGACUCUGGGAUCUUUCCUGUCUUCACUCAUAGCCGGCUCCUUCAGUGCCUACUUGGGCCGUAAGCAAGCCUUAUGGCUAGCAUGUCUUCUCAACGCCGCUGCAGUAGCCAUCCAAAUCGCGACAACAGGCAAAGGAGUAUUGUACCUAGGCCGUUUCCUCCUCGGUCUCGCAAAUGGAUUCUUCGUCACGUUCUCGAAUGUGUACACUGCCGAAGCAGCGCCCGCUCAUUUACGUGGUGUGAUGGUGGCACUUUUCGCUUAUUGGGUAAACAUUGGUUCUAUCCUCGGCGCUACGGUUGAUAAUAUCACGCGCGUGCACAUGUCUAAAGCGUCCUAUCAAAUCCCUCUUGGCUGUCUGUACAUCGUUCCCACUAUCCUUGCCAUAGGCCUCUUCUUCGUACCAGAGUCGCCUAGAUGGCUACUACAUAAAGGACGAGACUCUCAGGCUCGCGCUGCCUUGAACAAGCUUCGAGGCACAUCUGUUGAAAGGCAAUAUAUCGAGCUCGAAUGGGCUGAGAUGGUUCGUGGUGUGGAAGAGGAGAAGAAGUUGGAGAAGAGUAUCGGCUUCCUCGACAUGUUCCGAGGCUCAGACCUUCGACGAACUCUGCUCUGCUACGGCAUGAUCGGUUGUCAAACUGCAAGUGGCAUCUGGUUCCUCAUCGGAUAUCAGACAUACUUCCUCAGUCUCGCUGGCAUCACGAAAUCAUUCGAGUUCUCGGUCAUGAAUACUGUGAUUGGAUUCAUUGGCGUCAAUGUUGGCAUGUAUUGUAUUCGACAUGUAUUUGGUCGUCGGUCGAUUCUGAUGAUCGGUGCUACGGCCUGUGGACUGUGUCAACUUGCUUCGGCGGUGGCUUAUACCGUUAAUGCGGGGUCCACGGAUACUGGUAAGGUCCUGGUAGCGUUUACAGCAAUAUUUUACUUCUUCUACAACGGCUGUGUUGGUUCAGCUAGUUAUCCCGUGGCGACCGAGCUUGUGAGUUCCAGGUUGAGAGCUUGGACUGUAGGAACCGCUACGAGCUUGGGGUACAUUCUUGCGUGGCUGGUGGGGUUCUGUAGUCCAUAUUUUAUCAAUCCCGAGGACCUAAACUGGGGACCGAAAUAUGGCUACAUAUGGGCAGCAUCAAACGCCAUUUGCGUCGUGUUCUUCUUUUUCUUCAUGCCCGAGAUGAAAGGUCGUUCUCUAGAGGAACUUGACGAAAUUUUCGAAGCACGCACCCCGGCUUGGAAAUUUAAGCAGUUCCAGUGCACGAUCAGAGAUGAAGCUGCAUUUGAUAUGGCCGAGCGGACAGGAGUCAGGAUUGGAAAGGAAGGAGGCGUUAGCGAGCAGAUUGACGAUAGAAGUGAGCGGGUUUAGAGGGGAGGACUUCCAGGUCUAGAUGCCAAGUAUUACCUGACGAUUGACUUUGAGGGAUAAAGCGAGUUGACUUUCUGCUUGUCAGAGCGGGAAGGUUGAGGCGGCGCUUAAUGACGAUAGACUUUGGACUGACACGAGUCAAGAUUAAUACACUGCUUUUGGCC